AUGCACAAGGUUGUGCUAAUUGGAGACUCUGGAGUGGGUAAAACAUGUCUUCUUGCAAGAUAUAACACUAACAAAUUUAGAUCUCAAACACCAACUAUUGGAGCAACCUUUUCUACCAAAAGAUUACUAUGCAAUGAUGAAGUUGUUGCAUUGCAAUUAUGGGAUACUGCUGGACAAGAGCGUUUCAAGUCAAUGUUGCCAAUGUACUACCGUGGAGCUGCUUGUGCUGUUAUUUGUUUUGAUAGCAUGCGAGCUCAAACAGCAGAAAAUGUUAAAAAUUGGGUGAAAGAGCUACAAAUGCAUGCUGAUGAUGACAUUUUGAUUGUGAUAAAUUGCACAAAAUGCGAUUUACUUAGAGAAACUUCUGAAUGGAGAACUUUUAUUAAGAAUUACCUAAACAAGUCUAACAGAUCGGAUAACUCGUCAUCAGCAGAUAGGACUGGAUCCUAUACAUCGAUAACUUCAACGUCAACUGGUUCGCCUCCUCAUCAGCAUGAUCCUAACUCACAAUCGCCGAUAAGCGAAGCAAAUGAAUCUACUAAUGGAGCUGACAAUCCAUUUGGAGUCACUGGAAUUUAUAAUGAUCCUUCAUAUCCCUUUUAUGACAUGAUUCAAUAUGCCCAAAGUAUCAACGCAAUUUAUGUUGAGACCUCUUCUAAAGACAAUGAAGGAAUCGAUGAGAUGUUUUUGACAAUUGCCAAGAAAUUGAUAGAAUCUCACAGAAAACGACAUGAAUUCUCAUCACAAACAUCUCAAAAUAAGGGUGCAAGAUCGACUGAUGACGAUUUUCUUUCCACUACUUCGAGCUCUUAUUCUCUUCGAUCUACAAGCCCUGCUGUGACAAAGACUGGGGGAUGUUGUGGCUUGGGAGGAGGUUCUACACCAUCUACAGGAUCACAAACACCCUCUCCAAGAACUUCGCCUAAUACCACUGGAUUUUCUACCUCUAACAUUAAGCCUAACGAGAAACUUUCAACCAACUCCCCUACUUUUAUGACUGUGAGAAGUGGACUCGUGGAUGACAGGUUUCGAUAA